UUUCCACAAAUCUCUCUCUCUCUCUCUCUCUCUCAUAUCUCCAAGGAAAACAUGAGUGUCACAAACUACACAUUUCAACUUCAACUAUCACACAGCAGCACCUAAAAGCCUGCUUUUCUAGUGCUUCUAAUCUAAACCACCAUAUUCUACUCUAUUCUGUCUUCUAAACUACCAAUCUUCAGUACAAUUCAAUCGUUGAAUUCGUUAAGAUAUGGCCUGAUCUCCAUUUCACUGUGUGCCCAAGUGAGUCUUGUUAUAAUAAAUCAAGUCAAGUUCUCAAGAACGCAAUUUUUAGAGCUGAUCACCCUUCAACUCGACUUUACUUUGUGUAAACCUUAAUAGCACAAUGGAAUCUGAAAAUGGGGUUGCUGUAGAGGAAGAGAAACGUGUUAUUGGGGCAACAAUUGAGGAGAAUAUAAAGAAAGAAGUUGAAAACGAUUGUAAUGGUACAGAAAUUCAGACCAACAAUGAAGUAUCUAAACCCAUAGUGGAUGCUGAAGUCCCCAUUUCUGCUGGUGACGCUGUUGCAGUUGAAGCCUCUACAACUUCCACAAGUGAAAUUUCAAAACUUGCUAAGGAACCCGGUGGCAGAGCUAGUGUUGCUUCCAAGAACAACAAAUCUCCCAAAGAUAAACCCCUUUUGAAGUGCCCAACUUCAACAUCUCAAAAACACAAGCCAACCCUUUCUCAGAGCCUUUCUUUCCCAGCCAAAUCAGCUCGUGAAGAUGCUAUACAGAAAAGCAUUGAUGGGUAUCUUGUGAAGACAAGAGUUAAACAUGCUCAAGGUAAUGGCAUUAGAGAUGAGACCUCCAUUCGUCAUUCAAAAAAGUCCACAAACUCUGAAGUGAACUCAAAGGAGGCAAAAACGAACAUUGGUGUUUCUAACCAGAGAAUUUCUUCGACAUCCAUGCGUGGUUUGAAACGUUGUGUGUUUGGAAGAUCUACUCCAGUUAUUGCAAUCACCAAGAACCAUACAUCUGAGGCAUCGCUACCCAGUGAUCAGAUUUCAAAUCCAGGCAAAAUUACAAAACCAAAUAAAGAGGAUGAUGAUUCUCAUUCCACAACUUCAAGUGCUACUCCUUGUCAGAGAAACAGUGGUUCCGGAUUUUCCUCCCGAUUGGAAGAAAGAGCUGAAAAGCGAAAGGAGUUUUUCUCAAAGUUUGAGGAGAAAAUUCUAGCCAAGGAAGCAGAAAACACUAACCAACAAGCGAAAUCCAAGGAAAACCAAGAGGCAGAGAUCAAGCAAUUGAGGAAGACCAUGAUAUUCAAAGCCACUCCAAUGCCAAGUUUCUACAAGGAACCACCUCCAAAAGUUGAGCUGAAGAAGAUACCAACAACCCGCGCAAGAUCCCCAAAGCUUGGAAGGACCAAAGGAUUUGUUCUGAACAACAAUUCAGAAGAAGACAAGUCUUGCUCCAGUCCACGUGGGAAACUACAGCAUAAUGAUUCAACCAAGGAAAAGGUAAAGGGUCAUAAAGAUGUGAUUUCAAAGAAACCAAUCAAGCAAACCCAAGCCAAGCUGAAGUCUCAGGAAAAUGCAACCACAGGAAGCAAUGAAGAAUACCAAUAUCCACAUGUUAACAAUUCUAAAGGCAAAAUUGUCUUGGAGCUACAAGCUGAAAUAGAUCAUCCUCCAAAUAGUGCACUGCUCUUAAAUUCAACUACACCCGAGCUUGUCCCAUAUGAGGUUACUGUUGGAGUGUAAAUUCAUAUAAUCGGACUUAAUAAUUAUCUAAGUUUAGGGCUCUAUGUUAUUCAUUAUGUUAUUAUUAUUGUGAAUAUAGAGGUUGCUUCUUGUUCAAUGUUCAUCAUAAAUGUGUAGUGCAAAUAAGAGUUGUUUUUUAACAUUGAACUGCUACCCUUCUGUGAUGUAUAUUAAAAUGCCUUAUUAAUUCAUUAUUU